CCCCACCGCACGAUCCGCCCAAUUCGCCCCAACAGCCCCCCCCCAAUUCCCCUUAGCAAUGCGCUCCCGAAACCCUAGAAAACACGAUUGAGUCCCCCCAAGCCAAUCCAUGAGCUCCCUCGGCGAAUCCAAGCGCCUCGGCCUCGCCGUCCUCGUCGCUCUGGUGCUUAUUUCGACCCGGUUCCCCCUCGGAAGGUGCCAGGACGACGACGACGAUGGCGGCGGCGCAGGCACGAACCCGCUGUUAGCGGGCGUCAUCAACGACCGGCUCAUGAGUCUCACGGGGAACUUUAAGGCGGAGAUCGGCCAGAGCCUCGGCUUCUGCAUUAAGAACACGGAUAAGGAUUGGAAUGAGGCGUUCAAUUUCUCGAUGGAUAUGACUUUCCUGACGAAUUGCAUGAAGGAAACUGAUGGAGACCUUCCGCAACGUGUAUGCACAGUCGCAGAAAUGAAGUUCUAUUUCAGCAGUUUCGUUGAUAAUGGCGGGACGAAGAAUUACCUUAGACCGAACAAAAACUGCAAUUUGACCUCGUGGGUUUCUGGUUGUGAGCCCGGCUGGGCUUGUAGAGCAGGAAAAAAUCAGAAAAUUAAUCUGCAAGAUUCCAAGACCGUACCUUAUAGAACUGUUAAUUGCCGCCCUUGUUGUCCAGGAUUCUUCUGUCCUCAUGGUAUCACUUGCAUGAUUCCUUGUCCGUUAGGAGCAUACUGCCCACUUGCAAAAUUAAACAAAACGACCAGUGUUUGUGAUCCGUACAAUUACCAAUUACCUCCAGGACAGCCAAAUCAUACUUGCGGUGGCGCAGAUACGUGGGCCGAUGUUGGCAGUAGUGGUGAAAUAUUCUGUCCGGCAGGAUAUUACUGCCCGAGCACCAUAAAGAAAAUUUCUUGCAGUAGUGGACAUUAUUGCAGAAAGGGAUCGACUUCUGAAAUAAGGUGCUUUAAGAAGAGUUCUUGCCAGCCAAACUCUUCAAAUCAGGAUAUUACGAUAUUUGGCGCCUUAUUGAUGGUUGCCCUGAGUUUAGUGCUUUUAAUUAUAUAUAACUUCUCGGGUCAAAUUCUCACCAAUCGUGAAAGAAAACAAGCCAAAUCUAGAGAGGCUGCUGCGAGACAUGCUAGGGAAACUGCUCAAGCCCGUGAAAGGUGGAAAUCAGCUAAAGACGUUGCCAAGAAACACGCAAUUGGACUACAGACGCAAUUAUCUCGCACAUUCUCUCGGAAAAAGUCUGUUAUGCAACCGGAUCGAGGUGGAUCAGGUGAAGCGACAUCGCAGAAAGCAUCGGGUGGGUUCAUGGGAAAGAAAAAGGAACCAAGUAACCUUACUAAAAUGAUGCGUUCGCUCGAAGAAAAUCCUGAUAGUGAUGAAGGUUUCAAUUUGGAGAUAGGGGAUAAUAACUUAAGAAAGAACAUGCCUAAAGGUAAGCAAAUGCACACACGAAGCCAAAUUUUCAAGUACGCUUAUGGUCAGAUCGAGAAGGAGAAGGCAAUGCAACAGCAAAAUAAGAACUUGACCUUCUCGGGAGUGAUCUCUAUGGCCACUGACACUGACAUUAGGACGAGGCCUGUAAUUGAGGUGGCUUUCAAAGACCUAACACUAACUCUUAAAGGGAGUAAAAAACAGCUUCUGAGGUGUGUAACAGGAAAGCUCAUGCCUGGGCGGGUAGCUGCGGUCAUGGGUCCAUCUGGGGCUGGAAAGACCACAUUCUUAAGUGCUUUAGCUGGAAAGGCAACUGGGUGUACGAUGUCCGGACUAGUACUUAUAAAUGGGAAAAUAGAGCCUAUUCGCGCAUACAAGAGGAUAAUUGGUUUUGUCCCGCAAGAUGAUAUUGUUCAUGGGAACCUGACGGUUGAAGAAAAUCUCUGGUUCAGUGCUAGGUGCAGGCUUUCAGCGGACCUAUCCAAAGCUGAUAAAGUUCUAGUUGUGGAAAGAGUGAUUGAGUCCUUAGGGUUACAAGCAGUUCGAGAUUCCUUGGUUGGGACGGUGGAGAAGCGUGGGAUCUCUGGCGGUCAAAGGAAACGAGUAAAUGUUGGCCUGGAGAUGGUUAUGGAGCCAUCAUUAUUGAUAUUGGAUGAACCUACAUCCGGUUUAGAUAGUUCUUCAUCCCAGCUGCUUCUUCGUGCUCUUCGUCGUGAAGCUCUUGAAGGAGUGAACAUCUGCAUGGUGGUUCACCAGCCAAGCUAUACGUUAUUCAAGAUGUUCGAUGAUUUGAUACUUCUCGCAAAAGGAGGUAUGACUGUAUAUCACGGAUCAGUAAAGAAAGUUGAGGAGUACUUUGCAGGACUGGGCAUUAAUGUUCCCGAGCGUGUGAAUCCUCCCGAUUAUUUCAUUGACAUUCUAGAGGGCAUUGUAAAGCCAAACACAAGUACAGGCAUAAACUGUAAAGAGUUGCCUCUUAGAUGGAUGCUACACAAUGGUUAUGAUGUUCCUCGAGAUAUGUUACAGGUGGCUUCUGACGUUGACUCAUCAGUGAGGGGAAGUGAGAAGAGUUUUUCUGGACCCCAAUCUGAUCGGCAAUCUAUUGCUGGAGAAGUUUGGGAUAAUGUUAGGGAUAUUGUAGGACAAAAGAAGGACGAAUAUGAGUAUAAUUUCUCAAAUUCCAAAGAUUUGUCUAACCGCCACACUCCUGGCGUUCUUAGACAAUACAAGUACUUCCUUGGGAGGGUUGGCAAGCAGCGACUUCGGGAAGCCAGAAUACAAGGUGUUGACUACUUAAUCUUGUGUCUCGCUGGAGUCUGUUUAGGCACACUAGCUAAAGUGAGCGAUGAAACAUUCGGCGCACUCGGCUACACAUACACUGUCAUUGCUGUUUCUCUUUUGUGCAAAAUUGGAGCUUUGAGAUCAUUUUCACUAGAGAAGUUGCAUUACUGGAGGGAGAGAGCCUCCGGCAUGAGCUCACUGGCGUAUUUUCUCUCGAAAGAUACCAUCGAUCAUUUCAAUACAAUAAUCAAGCCAAUAGUUUACCUUUCUAUGUUCUAUUUCUUCAACAACCCUAGGUCUUCUAUUCUGGACAACUACGUUAUUCUCAUCGCACUAGUUUACUGUGUGACCGGAAUUGGUUAUACUUUUGCCAUCUUCUUCCAACCGGGUUCAGCCCAACUGUGGUCCGCUCUACUUCCUGUCGUCUUAACACUCAUAGCAACUCAGCAGAAAAGCUCGAAAUUCUUGGCUAAUUUAUGCUACACAAAAUGGGCUUUAGAGGCAUUCGUUAUCGCAAAUGCCGAGAGGUAUUCUGGAGUAUGGCUUAUAACUAGAUGUGGUUCACUUAUUAGAAGUGGAUACGAUAUAAAAGACUGGGGCCUUUGUAUAUUUGUACUCGUUGUUUAUGGUGUAGUUUUUCGGUGUAUAGCAUUCUUUUGUAUGAUAACAUUCCAAAAGAACUGAAGAACACUUUUUGUACACAUGAGGUAAUAUUGGUUUUUAAAAACCUUUUUUUAA